AUGCUUUCCCCCGAAGUCGAGCGUUGCGCAAAGCAAAUAUACACUCACCUUUCACAACGUGAGCGUAUCGCUAAUUUAACUGAGCCAUUAGAGAGUCUCCCAGAAGAGAUUCAGAAAAUGAAUCAGCUACAUUCAUUAAAGCCUGACACAUUAAACAUUGUUGCCCGCCACUUUUUACAAUGGAAACCCAAAGAUACACAAAAAUCAAUCAAGGAUCUUAUUUCACGAUUAGACAGUGUAAUUAGUGGUCUAAGACUCAAUGACACAUUACCGUCACUUACUUUACAACCUAAUGCCGUUCAUGUUCCACAACCACUAGAAGUAACAACGUCUUCACUAUCCAAUACUAAAAGUAUAUAUUGUUCAUCGCCUACCUCUGCACACACUAUCCCAACAAUAAAUGGCUGUAAUAUUCUAUGCAGCCCUGAGACAAAUGUCUUAGCAAGCUUACCUUGGAUUCUUAAGUUUGAUAUCGGCAGAUUUCUUCUUCUUAAAAAGCUGACAUUUAGCGAUAUACCCAAUACUGUCAUUGAAGAAAUACUUAGCGUAGGCAAGAAAGAGCCACGUGAAGUCUUUUCGGUUAUGAUAAAAUGGUACGAAACCCGAAAACUCACGCACCCAGACACUCUUAGUUACGCCAAAGUCGAGCAGUGCCCCGAAGUUGUAUGGAAUUGCACCGAGACAUAUGUUAAGAAUAGAAGUGUUCGAUACUUUGGUACCGUUUUUCUGUCUUCGAAAACCCCAGCCUUGACUCUUCGAGUUCCAAAAACAACAGCUUCUAACCGAUUGUUUCGUAAAUUUGGUGACGACCGAUUUUUGGAAUUCAAACUGUUAAAAAACUCGCGUCCAACAACAAUCAAGGACUCCUUGAAUUACUUUUUGACGCCAUUACUAUUUAUGAAUCGAGUAUUCAGAUUCUUAUUUAUCAAAGAGGAUCGUCUUGUAUUCUUCGCUACAGAAGGCGAGGGUCUCCAGCCUAUUUCUAUCCGUCAAGUCGUAAACUGGCACAUUCCUUUAAAGGAAAAUGCGGCCAUGACAAUAAGCAAAUUUGCAAGUCGAAUGUCGCUUGGGUAUAGUAAUAGUACAUCCACUGUCGUUUUUCAGGCCGACAUGAUUAAGUAUAUUGAUGAUAUACACGCACAAGCAGAAGGAGAAGAAGAGACAGUCAUGACAGAUGGCUGCGGUAUAAUUUCGUGCGCUGCAAUGCGCAAAAUCAUGGGUUCUCAAUAUAUUGAAGAACUCCCAUGUGCUAUUCAAGGUCGUAUUGCCGGCGCAAAAGGUGUUUGGAUUUUAACACCUGAAAUUGAAUUUGAAUCUGGAGAAUGGAUUAAAAUCCGUGCUUCUCAAAACAAGUUCAAGACAUGUUUACCCCAGGCCGAUAUGGACUACCAAACAGACCCAAUUCAUUUUACUUUUGACCUUGUUAAAACCUCAAUCUGUAUAUAUCCUUCGAAACUGAAUACCCAGUUUAUUCAAGCAAUUUCUGCUGGAGGAGUACCUAAAGACGCGUUCACUAAGAUUCUGCACGAAUAUCUUCAAAAACUGGUUACAAUUGUGCUUGAGAGCAAGAAUAUCAAAGUAUUACGCGACUGGGUAAUAAAAACUGGCGCUGUUAUGAAUGCACGGUGGGAAGUUGAGGCAGUAGAGCAAGAUGUAUGGAGAGAUACAUUGUCGGAUACUUGGCUUACAGACUACGCUCCUACCGAGGAUACACUUUCGCCCGAUAUUCUAACAGCAAGCAGCGGAAAAGCAAAUUAUUGGCGGUAUAAUGCUUACUCUGGUCUACCUGCUUCUCUUUACGAUUCCGCUGUCCGUAUGAUUGACUCAGGAUUUGACUUGACAAACCCCUUUUUGGCCAACAAAAUUACAAACAUAUUUCGAGAUACGAUGCGCAUGGUUAUGUCCAAGUAUAGAAUUGAAGUGCAACAGUCGUGCACCUUGACUUGCGUACCAGACCCCACAGGAAUGCUGGAAGAAGGAGAGAUAUUCUUCCAGCUGUCUCGAAGACGUGUAGACGAGAAAUCUGCCAUUAAAUCAAGUAUUGUCUUGGGUGAUGUUCUGGUAACGCGUAACCCAUGUGGUCUUAAAAGUGAUGUGCAGAAAGUUACAGCUGUGGAUUGUCCCGGGUUGCGUAUGUAUACCGAUAUUGUUAUUUUCCCAGUCAAAGGUUUACGCUCAUUAGCAAGCAAACUUAGUGGCGGUGAUUACGAUGGUGAUAUUGUAUUCUGUUGCUGGGAUGAGCGACUUGUAAAGCCCUUCACAAACUCGCCUAUAUUACCUACACCAGAAAAAGCAAAGGCUGCAUUUGAACAGAAUAUGAAUACAAUAUCUCAAGUAGUUUUCAAGCAUACUGAAGACACAUUUCAAGAGAGAAUGCUCCAGGAAAAUUUUAUCUCUGUGGCUAUUCCUGAUGGCAUACUUGGGAAAUACGACAAUUGGCGUACAAAUCUCGCAGAAGAUACAUCAUUUGACAACGAAGACGUAAACUACCUGGCACACAUGUGUGCUCGACUUGUAGACGCUUCAAAACAGGGCUUGACUAUUAAGCCAAGUGUACUACAGAAAGAUAGGUCCGAUUUUCUUAAAAUUCCACAAUCAAGGUGGUUUUCCGAUAAGGUGUCUCGACAACGGGAGAAAGAUAUACACACAUCUGUAGAGGAAGUACAAGAAUCGAAUGUCUCGAACAGACCGUCGACAACAACCAUGGACUUCUUACAUGAAACUUUACUAGCUGAAGUAGAAAAAUUUACCCGAUACUCGGAAAGCGUUUUUCAGGAAAAAGAUGUCAAACUUAAAGAUUCGGCGCUGGAGAGACCUUGGUUAGAGGCUAUGGCGAUGGCGAUUGAUGAUAAAGACGCCGAGCUUCAGGCCGAUUUAAAAGCCAUUCAAUCGUGCGUCGAUAAGAAUAUCCAUACGUACACUUGUGAUGCAAAACAGCUUUGGCUGCGCCGCCAACAAAAGUUCACUGCAAAACAUGAUCCUGGACGAAAGUCAGAAACAUUUUACGAAGACGAGGAUCAAUUCAAUACGGCCUUUGAAUUGGAAGAGCAUGCAGCUAAAGAAUUUCAUCAUUUUCCAGAUCCUGUUACCUUUGCAUCCAGUGUAUUUCACUACGAUCUCGAAAUCAAUCACGGAAUGAUGAUACAAAAGAUUAAGGCUAGCUAUGCUUAUAUUAAGACCAUCCAAAGUGGUAAAUUCUCCAAAUACUGCUACGUGGUCGCAUAUGAUGCUUUGCGUCGGAUCAAGGCAGAUUCGUGUGGUAAUAAUAGUAGGGGACUGUGUGAGAGCGUAGUUCCCAGUAUAUUUCAGGCGCUCAAUGUGGACAAAUAUUGGAUCUGA